AUGUGCGGCUCUCUGCCACUCGUCGGCCUCGCUGCAGCAGUGGGCUGCAUUAUGGCUGCACGAAGCACUGUCCAGCGUCGGUACACGGGCAGCUACAAUAUGGAUCCGCGCAUUGGAGCCGGAGAGCCCACCACGAUGACGGAGGAUGAGAAGGCCGAGUGGCUGGAGAAGAAGACCGCUGAGCUUGAAGAACUCAUGCCCAUGACGGACAUCGAGUUCGAGGACAUGGUUUCAGAGCAGACCUGGCAGUGGGCGCGUCACUUGCUGCCUUUCCAGAACAGACGGCGGCACGAAAUAGCCGAGUUCAAGCGAAGAUGCAUUCUCAAGCAGCCUGAGCUCUUCAAGAAGCUGCGUUUGUGGCAUCCGCUGGCCCUGAAAUACCCGACAGUCAUCCGGAGGUUUGACAACCUCGGACCAUCGGACAUCGAGAACCGCGACUUGAUGAUCGAUGUGGAGAUGCUUGCCAACACAGAGAAGAUCGCCGGCUUCACGUACCGGGACUUCCUGGAGGAGACCGCGGGAAACAAGUUCAGCAAGGAAGCGUGGGUCGCUCCUGAGGUGGGAGACACCGUGACUGGCACGAUCAUGUACCUUGGAGAGGACGGCGCUUUUGUUGAGCUCGACUGCGGCGGUGUGAAGAGUUGGGCUCAGCUGCCCACAAGGCUUGCUUCGCUAAAGCCCAUUGCCAGCGUGAGCGAGGUGGACUUGGAGGUUGGUGCAAAGAUUGAGGCGGUUGUCGUGGAAAAAGAUUUGACAUCCCUGGUGCUCGGCGACCCCACAGCGGUGCAGUACAUCGUGUCGCUCUCCAACAUUGAGCUUGAUGCGGUCUGGAACAAGGUGGAGCGCACGAUGGCUGGAGAAGAAGGUUACGAUCCUCUGUGGCAAGUUCAAGUGCUGCAGAUGGCGAACUGGGGUGCCCAGGUGAUGACCGAGGAGGGCCUCAUUGGAAUGAUUCCUGUUCGUGAUCUCGGUGACAAGGCUGGUGACCCAGGCAUGGUGGGUGCAAACCUUACCGUGUCCAUCCUUAGUGUGACGCCGGAAAAUCGUGAGAACACCAACCCGCAGAUGGUCAGUGACUAUGCCAUCACUUUCUCGUAUGCGAGCGUCAUGAAGAAGGUUCUGGCCGAGAAGAUCAACGAGGGCGAUGCCGCUUUGGGCGCAAGUGUUUUGCUCUUCGGAUCACUGGCAACUGCAACAGAUCCCGCUGCAGUGAUUGUUGAUCGCGUUGAUCUGCAGUUUGGGGAGUUCCAUGCGGCCGCCUGA